AUGGGAUUUCGUAUUGUGGUUGCGGGAGAGUCUCAAUGUGUAUCUUUCGCUGAAUGUUGUCUUUUAGCAGAUUUUCUCUCACAAAACUUACCUGACUUCUGUUUUGAUCGUGUAGAGAUAAAAGUUCUAGAUUGGCAGGCUUGGCUGCGCAGAAUAAAUUUAAAAAAUAAAUGGCAUCACGUUGGAUCCCCUCUCAUAUGGAAGGAAAUGUUAAUGGCGGGUAGUAAGCCAUAUUAUAUAGGUGGAGCCCCUCAGUUUCUAGACUACUGUUACUCAUAUUAUAAAUUUGAUUCACUGUUUGGGUCUGAUAAAUUUGAGGAACUACUUAAAAAUAGUGUCCAAUUGAAGAAGAAAGUAGCGAUUGAAAGGAAUCUCUUGAAAAACGCUGAGAUCAAUUCUCCAGUAAAAUCCUCAAAAAAAGCAAUUAUUGUCACUAUUUCUGGAGCCGGAAAUCCUAUAAGUAGAUGUUUGUUAGUUGGAUUGCUAGAAAUGAAUGUUUGUUUUAACUCUAUAGCUAAAAUCUACAUUUAUGAUGAGAAUUGCUCUGAAGAGUUCAUGCUAUCACUCGAAAAAGAGUAUUCAUUCAUUGAGAAUAUAUAUCCUGGAAAAGUGGUUAAAUAUGUGCGUAAAAUUGGCAUAGCACUUACAUGUUCUGAUUUACUGAUAGUUCUGGAUCAUGUUCCAUUUGAAAACCACAUGGUUAUAGGAGAAUGGCUAUAUGAAAACAAAAAAAAUAUGGACAAAUUGUCCCAAUUAAUUAAUGCUUCUGGUUCUCGUAAUAUGUAUAUAGUAUUUCCAAAUAUGGGGCCUGCAUGUUUUAAUGCAACAUAUCUAAGGCAAAUUGUCACUAUCACGAAAGAUCACAUAAUCGUAGUAACCUCUGAUUUAGGAUUGGAAAUUUUGCCCAUUGCUGAAGCAAUUACAGAUGUUCCUAGUAGAAACAUGUUCUGUCCACCAGUUUGGGGUUUUGUGGGUAUAAAUCACUUGGUUGAUAUUAGGUCUACAAUUCAGAGAUACGACAUUUUUCAACCUUACAGCAGAUUUACUAAAGUCAAACAAUCUACCCUCAAAAUUGGGUCAUUAACACCUACUCUGAGGUAUAUGGAAUAUUUGAUGUAUUUUGACGAAAGCCUGUGGGUCAAGGUAGCUGAAACGAAAAAAAAAUACCCUAAGGGGCAACCAUGGUUAAGUAAAUCUAUUGCUGUUUUGAAUUUAAUAAAAGUAUGGUUUUUCGAACGCAAUCCUAAUGAUAUUGUAAAUUUAGGACUUCAUUGUAACGGUUCAUUUGGCUUAAAAUUUGAUGGAAUUUUUUCUCAACCUGCUCGUUUGGUAAAUGAUGAAUGGGUACCAGCGUCAGAUUUUUUACUGCCUAAGGAUUCUCAAAUUAACAUAUAUUAUCUAGAAGAAAUGGCUGAGCGGAUUAUGAAACUUCAGAGAACUGAUUUACCUCCAUUGUGGAGUGGUGUGAUGUGGUUGUGGGACAUGUGGGGCGUGCUGUGGGUGGUGGAAACGGUGGUGCAGCUGGCGCCUGUGCUGGCGACGCCGCUAGACCCCGCGCUGCCAGUGUCGCAAGGUGAGAGGAGAGGAACCUUGUCGCCUACGUAUUUGAUGCCUUCGCACUGCUAUUAUUAA